AUGGUGUUCUUCUGUGGUUUUGCGCUAUGCGCAGCUAUUACCGGCGCUGGCGCGCUUCAGAUUCCGCUGUUAUCGUCAUUCCAGAACCAGGCACCGCUUGGUCAUCCUAGUGGAAGCAAGCCCCUGGUCAACUCUACCGAACUGCAGGAGCUCAUCAGCGGAGAUAGGCUUAUGAUCCGUGCCAACAAGCUUUAUGAGAUUGCGAAGCUGGGAGAGGAAGAGUACAACCACCCUACUAGGGUCAUCGGAAGUGCAGGUCACAUCGGAACCCUAUCCUACAUCUACGAGGAGAUCUUGAAGCUUGGAGACUACUAUAGCAUCUCCAACCAGACCUUCCCAGCUGUUUCUGGUAAUGUUUUUGAGUCGCGUCUCGUUCUCGGCGACCAGGUCCCAAAGUCGGCUGCACCCAUGGGCUUGACCCCACCAACCAAAGAUAAGGAGCCUGUACAUGGCGAUCUCGUCCUAGUUGAUAACGAGGGCUGUCAAUCAACCGACUUUCCUGACUCUGUUGCUGGAAACAUUGCAUUCGUAAAGCGUGGUGUAUGCCCAUUUGGCACCAAGUCUGAGAAUGCCGGACGCAAGGGUGCUAUUGCUGCCAUCGUGUAUAACUACGAAAAAGAUCCCGUCGCAGGUACCCUGGGAACUCCUUCCCCAUACCAUGUGGCCACUUUCGGCUUGUCCGGCGAAGAAGCAGACCCUGUGAUCGAGAAGCUCAAGAAGGAGAAGAAGGUUGAUGCCAUCGCAUACAUCGAUGCUGAAGUGAAUCAAAUCCAGACUGUCAACAUCAUCGCGCAAACCACAGAAGGAGAUCCGGACAACUGCGUCAUGCUCGGAGCUCACAGUGAUAGCGUUGCAGAAGGUCCUGGCAUCAACGACGAUGGCUCCGGCUCCUUGUCCCUGAUCGAAGUUGCUACCCAGCUUACAAAGUUCAAUGUCAGCAACUGUGUUCGCUUUGCGUGGUGGGCCGGUGAGGAGGAGGGCUUGCUCGGAUCUGACUACUAUGUCUCCUCGCUGCCAGAAGAGGAGAAUGCAAAGAUCAGAUUGUUCAUGGACUACGACAUGAUGGCCAGUCCCAACUUUGCUUACCAGAUCUACAACGCCACCAACGCCUUGAACCCGAAUGGCUCUGAAGAGCUCCGCGAUCUGUACAUUGAGUGGUACAAGGACCAAGGUCUCAACUACACGUUCAUUCCUUUCGAUGGUCGCAGUGACUACGACGGGUUCAUCCGCAACGGUAUUCCAGGAGGUGGUAUCGCGACAGGCGCAGAGGGUAUCAAGACGAAGGAGGAGGUCGAGAUGUUUGGCGGUAAAGCUGGCGAGUGGUACGACAACUGCUAUCACCAACUUUGCGAUGAUGUCGGUAACGUGAACGUUACUUCGUGGAUUGUGAACACAAAACUCAUUGCCCAUUCGGUUGCAACAUAUGCGAAGUCCUUCAAGGGUUUCCCCAAGCGAACAAAGGACGUUGCAGCGAGCGCUUAUGCGAAGGACACCAAGCAUCAUUUCACGUUCGUUGACUGCGUUCAUCUUGUCUCAUACCCAGUCACCAACGGAGCACUAGCGUGUGCCAAGCCAUCGUGGCCUACAAAAUAUGUUCCCCCCGCCCUCCUCUCUUCCAUCCACACAUCCUCAACCAUGAAGGCCAACGGAUUCGAAAUGUUCGCCCUCAUGCUCUGCUCGUGCCUCUUUGGCAUCAUCGGCUCUGCAUACAAGAUGCACAACUUGGUCACGGCUCGUGAGAUGAUCCUCGUUGGAACGCUCUACAUCACGGUCAUCAUCUUCGUGUACAUCCAGUAUGCCACUGAAGAUGCGCUUGUGCGCCACCUCCGCCGUCACACGAACGAGGUGGAGCAACAGCAAGUGAUCGACCUUCAAGAGUCCCAUCGUCGGCGUUUGCUCCUCCUCAAGAACGCGCACACUGUGGAGAAGCGUCAGCUUCAAGCCAGCCUCGGGAGCGCUCACGCCCAUUUCGACCGCCUCAACAAUGAUUACGAGUGGAUGUCCAGCCAAUAUCAAGACCAGCUGCGCCUUGUCCAAGAGCAAGAAGACCGCAUAGGCUACCUCGAGGGCAAGCUUCAUGAGACCGGCCAGACGACUCCAACUACGCGACAGCCGUUCUCUGCGCCUCCGUCCCAGAUUCGUUUUGCCAACCCGCCUCGUCGUCAACGCUCCUCUGGCGCACCGAGCCCUCUACACCAAGUUAUGAAGCCCGAGGAGACUGAGGCCGUGGCCGAGGCCGAGGUCGGCCAGAAGGCGUAG